AAGAGAGGAAGGAAAUCAAUAAUUUUGGAGGCUCCCAUUAGGUUAAUUAUUUUGGUUAGUGAGGAAUAUCGGGUGGUUGGUGAAGGAGGCAAGCAGCGCUUAAAAUGGCGAAGGAGCGCAUUUGACAAAAGUUCCAGGCUAGAGAAUGAGGACACGCCGUCGUAACUACACGGCGGCAGCCACUCAGCCGUCGACCUCGUUACCCGAAGCCCUCACAGUGAAGCCCAUAGUUCCAAUGUCCCGCACAAAAAGAACCCAAUCAUGCAAUGUAAAAUGUAAAGGAUCAAAAAAGAGUAAGAAGAAGAAGUGUAUAACAACAACAGGACUGUGGGAUCUACAUAUUCCCACAGAGAUCCUGGAGGGGAUACUGUCCCGCCUCGGAUUAAAAGACAACAUACACGCUUCCGCUGUCUGCAAGACAUGGUGUGAAUCAGCUGUUUCUGUCCGUAAGUUACCGUGUCGCCCAUGGCUUCUUCAUCCAAUAGAUGACUGGACCAUUCCUGGCUCACCUUACCUCCUUCUUGAUCCGUUAAAGCCUCAUCAUGACCAGUCUCAAAAAUACAAGCUCGAUUUCCCACACAUGAGGUUUACGCCUGGUGGAAUGUCUUGUUCUAGGGAUGGUUGGGUGCUUGCGAAAUCACCUCAUCUCAUGUAUGCAUUCUUUUUUAACCCCUUUACCAAGAAGCUCUUCGUAUCACCACGGGGGUCAAUCUAUCAUUUAAUGUCUCGCCUAGCUUUCUCAGCAGCUCCUACUUCCACUAGCUGUGUGGUCAUCUCCUAUUCUCGAAUACCUAAAACUGCAGAUUUUCUGAUCGAAACUUGGCGGCCUGGUGAAGCCAGAUGGAUCACCCAUCGCUUUGAGAGCUCUCUUCUUCGCAGGUGGGACAAAUGUGUCUUCUCCAACGGUGUGUUCUACUUUCUCAGUACUUGUGGCUGCCUUGGUGUUUUUGACCCGUGUGAAGCAACCUGGAAUCUUCUUCCAGUUAAACCCUUUCUUUUCCCAGAGGUGGAUUCUCCAGUGUUCCUCAUGGAGCAUGAAGGAGACAUCUUUGUUAUGUGUUCGCGCCUCGACAGCAACCAUACGGUGUUUAAACUAAACAUGAAACAAAAUGUAUGGGAGGAGACGAGAGAUCUUGGAGGCUUGACAGUAUUUGCAAGUGUCCCUGGCUCUUUUAUAAGAGCUUGUCUCUCCGCGGAGGAGAUGAACAGAAUAUAUCCUUCUUUUACUGAUUUUUAUUUGAUUUAUGGCGCAAGCUCUCAUCGCCCUCCAAGAACCAAUUUGUCUUGCCGCGUCGCUUGGGUAGAGCCACCUCAGAACAACUUGGAUUUGCUCUGACUUCGUCAUCCCUUUAACUUCUCUUUUUGUAACUUUGUUUAUGUGUUUCCAAAGGUUUAAUUUGAACUAGUUUCAUGUCAGUGUUUUAACAUUGUAUCUCUGUGAACUGAACAAGUUCCUAUUAAUCUGCAGUGGAAUAUGCUUA